AUGAUGCAAGGGAGCGACGGGUUUCCUGGUGACGACAGUCAAUGCAUUCUCGAACCGACGGAGAAGGAUGUCCUUUGUGGAAGAGGAGGAAUGAGUAAUCACCACCAGGGAAACGAGUGGUACAGACGUUUGAUCCGUAGUAACCGUCCAUUGUAUCGUGCGUGUCCCAAGCACACCAAGUUGUUGGUGAGCAAAGCCAUUGUCCAGGCGGUGGAGGAGCAAGGAGGCCGCUUCCUAGAAAGAUCCCGAAAGACGGGAAUGUGGUACCAAGUCCCCUACAAACGAGCCGUUGACAAAACAUCGCAAGGCUUGAGAGAACGUGACAAAGACGACAUUUCGGCACCCAAAAUUACUAGCUUACCGGCGUCCUUGAGAGCCAGCAAUGGUGGAAAGAUUCCCAAACCCGAUCUAUCCCAGCUGGCUCAGGUCACCAUGGGAUACGCUGGAAUGCCUACCAACGCUAGCAAGGCAGCUGCUGCAGCUGCAGCUGCUGCAGGAAACUUGAAAAUGGGAGGAGGAGGAGGAAAAUUAAAACCUGGACUACUUUCGAGUCAGUCGUCCAUGUUUCGUCUCUUUUCCCGAUUUGGUGGUGGCGGUGGCGGUGGAGACAAUACUAGCAACAACCGUAGAUCGAGUCUGGAAGCCGGAUUUGCAAACCCGGUUCCCAAUCUGCCAUCCAUGAGUGGUCCUGGGCUGUCGUCCUUUAUGGGAUUUGGAGGUGGAGGAGGAGGAAACAAUAAUAAUAGCAACAACAACAACAACAUGAUGAACAACAACAAUGCGGGUAUGGGCGGUGGCAUGGACAUGUCCGCAAUGAAUAAUAUGAACAACAACAACAACAAUCCAAUGAACAUGAACAAUCCUAUGAAUAACAUGAACAUGAACAACAUGGGUGGUGGUAUGAACAACCCAAUGAAUAAUAUGAACAACAUGAGUUUGAAUCAAAUGCAACAGAUGCAGCAGCACAUGCAACAGAUGCAACAACAGCAAGCAUCGAAUCAAGGUGCCCCGGCAUUGACUCGAUUGACGACCCAAAUGUCCGAUUGGUUGACAUCGUUUUGGCCCGUUGGGAAAGGUCCAGGACAAGGAGGAGGAGGCGGAGGAGGAGGAAACGACCAAAAUAGUAAUCGAGGGGGGGCAUCCCGAGGAGGAAACAACAAUAUUAUCAACAACAGCAGCAAUAACAACAACAACAUGGGACAGCCAGGUGGUAACAACCUUGGUGAUUUCUCCGGCGGUGGUGGUGGUGGUGUCAACCAGCUUUCACAAGCAACUUUCGGGGGAGGAAGCAACAACAAUAACAACCAGAUGAACGACAUGCAACAACGCAACGAAAUGCAACAACGCAAUGACAUGAUGGCGUCCAUGGGCGUUCCAAACAAUGGUGGCGGAGGGGGAUCUCUUAUGGACAAUAAUAUUGGAAUGUCAGCUCCGAUGCCGACAGGACCAGGCCCCAUGGGCAACGGCAGCGGAUCCGAUGGUGGUGGAAGAGGCAGAAGUAGUAUGCGCGGAAGCAUGACAUCAAACAGUGGCAAUAUCCCUGCCCCAGGACCACUGGAGAGCUCCGUCAGCACUACACUGUUAAGGCUAGCGUCGUCUCCCUCCAAGAUUCUCGGCAGUAUAAGUACGUUCUUCACGUCCGACCAAUCCAGCUUUCAAGACAACAACAAUAACCAACAACAGCAACAAAACCAACAAGGUCAGAGACAGCAGCGAUCCCAAUCCUUUACCAAUCCCUCCCCAGACCCGUUGAUGGAUGGCCUGGGAGCACCACCCCCUCCUCCCGGCGGUCUGGGCUUGCCUGUGGGGAGGAGACCGUCCAGAAGAUCCAGUGACUUGUUGGACGACUACGAAGAAACGGAGAUGGAAGCACGAUUGCGAACGGUUGCCAACUAG